GGCCCAAACGAAAGAACGCAAAGGAUCACUCUCCAUCACGCACUCCGUCACAGGCUGUCCCCGUUCUGUCUACGAGGUGAACGCGGAUCGGCGGCGGCGGCGGCGCGAGGCGAGCAAGAUGAGCGGGAACGGGGUGGUGAAGAAGGUGUCCGACGCGGCGACGAAGGCGGGCAAGGCGAUCGACUGGGACGGCCUGGCCAAAAUGCUUGUCUCCGAUGAGGCCCGUAAGGAGUUCGCCAACCUCCGCCGCACCUUCGAGGACGUCAAUCACCAGCUCCAGACCAAGUUCUCGCAGGAACCCCAGCCAAUUGAUUGGGAGUACUACAAAAAAGGAAUUGGAUCAAAAGUUGUCGAUAUGUACAAGGAGGCCUAUGAAAGCAUAGAGAUCCCCAAGUAUGUUGACACUGUCACUCCUCAGUACAAGCCAAAGUUUGAUGCUCUGUUGGUUGAAAUGAAGGAAGCGGAAAAAGCAUCACUAAAGGAAUCAGAGAAGAUAGAGAAGGAGAUUGCUGAAAUGAAGGAGAUGAAGAAAAAGAUCAGCACGAUGACUGCAGAUGAGUACUUUGCGAAGCACCCUGAGCUGAAACAGAAGUUUGACGACGAGAUCCGCAAUGAUUAUUGGGGAUACUAAGGCGCAGUGUCACCUUUCUUUGGAACAUCCAAUAAUACAUUUCGCCCCCUAAAUGUCCUUAGGAGUUAACCAUCCAAACUUCACGAAUUGUGUAGCGCAUGUAUUGGGCGUGCCAAAGUUCCAAGUAACUUGUCUGUCCUUGCACCAUGGUCAGACCUCACAUUUUGAGUGUCAUAAGGGUCUUAUGAUAAUUUUGGUUUUGCUCUCCAAACAUUAUGGAAAUUAACUCAGGUUGUGGUUGCUGGUUUGUUUGUUUUUUUUACUAGAAAAAAGAGUUGCUGGUUUGUUGGAAUAUACACUCCUCCAGUCAUCCUUCUAGGCCAAGUUCCUUGAGAGUCA